AUGCACAUUGUUCCGUCAGAGGAGCACGAAAGUGGCAAAGACAGUCAAAACACAAUCGGACGUGUAGACCAUCACAGUUUAGGUCGAAUUGGUCUGAUCGCGUUCGUUUUGGCUGUGGACAGGAUUCUGUCUCUCUCGCCCGCUCUGACCAAUUGUAAGGUGCCCGUUAUAGAUGGUGUCCAGUGCGUGGACGAGGAUGACAGUGCCUAUUGA